CCACAGCGUACCAUCAUUCGCGGCCGUUGAUGUCGCGUCCGUUACCCUGAGGCCGCAGCCCCUCCUCGUCUCGUCAAGUGCUCCGUUCCCGGCUGACGACGCGUGCACGUGAUGCCCGCCUCUCUCCCUGGAUCACGCCGGACAAGUGUCGCAGCGGCCGCUCCAGUUGCAGACCACCACGCAAUAUAUCACCGCCACCACCCUCCUCCUCCUCGAUCACCACCCAGAGUGAGCUGGUAGAGAGAGGGGGAGAACUAACAACAUUUAAUGGCGACGCCAUCUGAGUCCCAUGUCGCAUUGGAUAGACGGGUUAAGGAUCACGCCAAUAAGACUCUGUUGCAGAGCAAUGCCCUUUACCAGUAUAUACUGGAGACCAGCGUGUACCCUCGUGAGCACGAGGCCAUGAAGGAGCUCCGCCACAUUACGGCCAAACACCCCUGGAAUGGCAUGGCAGUAGCUGCAGAUGAGGCGCAGUUCCUGAACAUGAUGCUGAAGCUGAUGAACGCCAAGAGAACAUUAGAGAUCGGCGUGUUCACCGGCUACUCCCUGCUCGCCACCGCUCUCGCCCUACCUGAGGAUGGCCAGAUAUUGGCCAUCGAUCCGAAUCGGAAGAACUAUGAACUGGGACUCCCCGUGAUCGAGAAGGCAGGGGUGGCUCACAAGAUCGACUUCCGUGAGAGCCAGGCUCUACCCGUCCUGGAUGAACUGAUGCAGGAGGAGAAGUACAGGGGAUGGUUCGACUUUGUGUUUGUGGAUGCAGACAAGGAGAACUAUAUGAACUACCACAAGAGGGUGGUGGAGCUGGUGAGGGUGGGCGGCGUCAUCGGCUACGACAACACACUGUGGAGCGGCACCGUGGCGGUGGAGCCGGAGUACCCUGUUUUAGAUUACGUCAUGGAGAUGAAGGACAAGUUCCUGGAGCUGAACCGGCACCUCGCCGCCGACCCACGCAUCGAGAUCUGCCAGCUCUCCAUCUCCGACGGCCUCACGCUCUGCCGCCGUAUUAGCUGAUCGCCACCCGCGAGCUCUCGUGUUCGGAUCCCUCGACCGCCGGUGCAGGGGACAAAGACAAAGAAAUAAAGCUGAAAUGGAGGGCGACUGAAUUCGAGUGAUCGUUGAGUUCUUCCUUGGAAUUAUAUCCUUAAUAUAGAUUUCAAUUGUCAUGACAUUCGUACGCAAAUAAUCUAAUCUCGUCUAUUCCCAAUGAAA